AUGGCAGACUCGCGCGAUACGCAAAUCCUGCUAGCAGAUGAGGAGUCGCCGUCUCCACGCAAUGUGACCGAUCGCCGGGCAGACCUUACGCCACGAUUGCUGACUGCGCUCAGGUUUGCAAUGCUGGCCACCCUUGUAGCAGUUGUAAUUGCAGUUCGCGGCCUAACGCGGGUUCAAGUUGAAGUGGGCGAGGGUGUCUGCUCUGCACAACGCUGCUACCCUGCCUCACAAAAACGCUUGGCAGUCAUGCAGCUGCUGGAAUCAGACGUCCCUGAGGGGUCUUGCCGAAGACCUCCUGACUUCUGUCAGAAGGAUGAUGAUCACCUCGAGUAUCACGAUUGCGAUGGAGAUGGGGUUUUGGAUCCUUACUGCUCGAGUGGCGAGUUGCUUAAAUUUGGUUUCCUGAGCUCUGCCAAUGGCUGCCACAGCAACUGGCCCGAUGGUUUUUGCCAGAAACAGGAUGAGCCUAGCUACGUCGCAAGCUUACAUGUUGUCCCCAGCCCGUCCAAUGAGAUCACCAUAAUCCACUUCAACGAUGUGUACCAGGUGGCUGGUGUAUUUGACCGUGGGGUUCGCAAGGGCGGCAUGUCCCGGGCUGCCUAUGUCAUAGAGCAAGCCAGGAAGCGAAAUCCUGACCGGACAUUUGUUGUCUUUGCAGGGGAUUUGCUGUCCCCCUCGGUGCUGAGCGAUUUAUUUGAAGGGGAGCAGAUGGUAGACAUCCUGAACUACUUGAAUCUUACUGCUGCGUCCCUUGGCAAUCAUGAGUUUGACUUCGGAGUGGAGACCCUGAAGAAGAGAAUCCAGUACCAGCCAGGAAUUGAAGAGUCCAAGUUUCCCUGGCUGAACAUCAAUCUCCUGGAUGAGACUGGUGCCUUGUUCCCAGGCACCUCGUACCACAAAAUUAUGGACAUCCCCUUCGCACCACGUUGGGCAGACACGGGCGAAAUCAAAUUGACUCGCGUGUGCAUGUUUGGCGUGGCAUACGACGUACGCGAGACUAUGUUCAAAGACAGGAUCUUGGGUGGGCAUAAUCACAGCACAGAACUGAAGACGUGGAAGAUGAAACUACUUUUGACGGACGAUGGGCACGUGGAUUCCGUGGAAGGUGAACUGAUCACGCUGACGGACUUUGAUCCCUUCUCCAUUGGUUUGUCCACAGCCUCAGAUGAGCAUAAAAAGGUGGUGCAGUGGGAGGAGAGGGGAAGCUCCGAGCUAGCCAAGAAGAUUGGCUGUUCCAGUGUGGCCCUGGAUGCAAGGGAUCAACAUGUGCGGCAGAAGGAGACAAACGCUGGAAACUUUGUUUCCGAUGCCGUCUGGCAUAUGCACAGGACAGACUUUGCUCUCAUCAAUGGAGGAACCAUACGAGGCAACAAGGUUUUCCCGCCUGGCGACCUGUCGAAGGAGACACUGACUGAGCUGCAUCCGUUCGGGAAUGCCAUCGUCAAGAUAUAUGCUACCGGGGCAGAGAUCAAGAAGUACAUCGAUGACUCGCUGAGUUGCUACCAGACCGUCUGCGGCAGAUUUGUGAACUGUGCCGGAAUGCGGUACACGUUUGAUCCGGCAGCGCCGCCUGGAAUGCGUGUCAAAACCAUGACCUCCUUGGACGGCAGGCCUAUUCUGGACAGCACAAAGUAUACGGUUGCGCUCACAGAUUACAUGCUGUCAGAAUCCAGUCUGUCAAGCAACCAACUCUACAACAUGGUUACGAUGAAUGAUGCAAUUCCGCUGGUGGAGGCCUUUUUCAACGCUGUUGCCAGUGCAGGGAGUUCCUGCAUCGCCCCAGCACUGGAUGGUCGGAUGCUGCAUGUCUAG